CCCCUGCUCACCUGGCUGAGAGCAUCCACAAGAAGAAGCACACGCGCCCAACCUUCACAGGGCACCAGAUCUUUGCUCUGGAGAAGACUUUUGAGCGGACCAAGUACCUGGCGGGUCCGGAGAGAGCACGGCUGGCCUAUUCCCUUGGCAUGACUGAGUCUCAGGUGAAGGUCUGGUUCCAGAACCGACGGACCAAAUGGAGGAAGAAGAGUGCCCUGGAGCCCUCCUCGUCCUCGCAGCAGGCAGGGGGCUCUGGCGGAGAACGGGCGGCCUCUGAGACUGAGGACGACGAGUACAACAAGCCCCUGGAUCCCGACUCAGAUGACGAGAAGAUCCGGCUGCUGCUGAGGAAGCACCGUGCGGCCUUCUCGGUGCUGGGCUUGGGCACGCACAGCGGCUGA